AUGAAUUUCAAAGCCUUGUUUGACGGUAGCAAAUAUCUUUCACCGGAAGUGCAAGCCAAUCUACACGAAGGUUACCGAUUGUAUCCUCUUCGAUCCAUGGACUAUGACAGAGGGUAUCUUGACGUGCUAUCCGUCUUGACUGAAGUGGGUCAACAUACGAGAGAGAGCUGGAACAGCCAAUUCCAAUUUAUGAAAAAACACAAUGAUACUUAUUUUACCAUCACCAUUACUGACGAGAAGACAAACCGUAUUGCUGCUACUGGUACCAUCUUGAUUGAGCACAAAUUUGUUCACUUCAAUGGUUGUGUGGGUCAUAUUGAAGAUAUUGCUGUUGAUGCCUCGCAUCAAGGCAAAAAAUUGGGUCUUCGCGUCAUAGAAGCACUGAAGUAUAUUGGACAAGUCAAUGGCUGUUAUAAAGUCAUUUUGGAUUGUAAUGUCAAUAACAUUCCAUUUUAUGAAAAGUGCGGUUUCACACCCAAAGAAAGUCAAAUGGCAUGGUAUAUUCCUCAAGACAAGCCUCACUUGUAG